AUGGAUUCCAUCGGCAUUCAGAGUAUCUCAGGACAAGGACCGACAGAAGCAGAACAAGGAUCAUCCGACGGAUCAGUAUCAAGUAAUAUCACACCCACGACCCAAAUUACAAACGCAACCCCAACCACCUUUGGCGGCUUAGAAGAUGCCACCGGCCACGUCACCACCAGCAGCAGCAGCAGCAGCAGUAGCAGCAAUAGCGACAGCGGCGGCGGCGGCGGCGGCAUGAGCACCAACACCAAAGUCGCCAUCGCCGUCCCUGUCGCCGUCGUCGGCGCCGCCAUAAUCGCUGCAAUUAUAUUCUUCCUCAUCCGCCGGCGCCGGCGCCAGCGCCAACGAACCUCCCAAUAUCCCAACAUCUCAACGCCCCGAAUGGAAAAUUCCUCCUCCCUCUUCAUCCCCGCCCAUAUCGAACCUGUCCCGCCGCCCCCACCAGCACCAGGGAACCAGCGCUCGAUGCCUGAUGAACAUGAAGCUCUCUCUCUGCCUCCUCACCCGUCAGAAGUAGGCGUCGCACAAACGACACCACCAGUCCCCGCCGUCGUCGCAGUGCCACCACCAGAUCUAGAAUGGAGGACGUCUGAGGAACGACGUGCCAUCGGACGGCCACAGUCGCCAUUCAGUCACCCAAGCGACCACGAUCAUGAAGAUUCCAUGUCUAUUGUGUCGGAGAUUCACGACCGGGAGGGAGUGAUGAGGACCAGGGCUGUGAGAGACGAUGAUAUGUCAUCUGUAUCAAGCUUCGAGGAUGACGAGCCGAGACCGUCGAUGAAUCGGCCGCGGUAA